GCAUUGUGAUGCUUACUAUGACUCGUCUAUUGAUGUUGGUGUUUGGUGUUUUUUGUUGACUGUACUAUUUCGAAAUGGGUGACGUCGAUCUACAGAGGAUGCCAGGGAACGAAGAGUCUAAUAAAGCACCUACUGCAAUGCAGGAAGUCAAUCUGGCACUAAAGGAGUGCGGAUUAGGUGUCUUCCACAUACGACUGUUGUGUACAUCUUUCUUUGGCAUCGCGUGUGGCGUCGCCGUAUUAAACAGCACGCCUUAUAUUUUACCUGUAGCCGAGUGUGAUCUUAAUAUGAGUUUGCUGGAGAAAGGAGUUUUGAACGCUAUGCCGUUCUUAGGUAUGGUGUUAAUAUCGGUGGUCGCAGGUUUUUUAACUGACAUAUUCGGUCGUAAAAAUUUUAUAGUGGGUGGAUUCACUGGACUCUUCGUAUUUACGGUCAUCAGUGGGACGAGCCAAACGUAUUCAGUGCUGGUUGUAUGCAAAUUCUUCGAAGGUUUAUUAUCUGCUACUUCGUUCGCGCCUAUGAUAUCGCUGACGUCAGAGUUUUGUCACAGUGACGUCAGAGAUAGGGUCAUGCUGUUCCAGUCGUCGUUCGCGGCUAUCUCUCAAGUGGCGAUUGCUCUGCAGUCCUGGGGCAUACUAACUCAACACUGGGAGCAGAGUUAUUUUGAAGGAAUUUUUGUACUGCACACUUGGAACUUUUACCUAUUCAUCAUGUCUCUAUGGUCGCUAACGGCGGCGGGCCUGUACGCGUUUCUGCCCGAAAGCCCCAAGUACUACGUAACUCAGAAGCGAUACGACGAGGCGAGGGAUAUACUCAUUAAAAUUUAUAAGCAGAAUACAGGAAAAGAGGCCGAUACUUUCCCCUAUAAUAAUGUUUGGAAGGACAAAAAGACGCAAGAAGUAGAAGAGUCAUCUGUACAUUCUUCAAGCAAAAGCUUUGGACACAUGCUGUCAACAGGUCUAUAUAAUAUCAAACCUAUGUUCCAUAGACCUCGUGGACUGCAUCUAUUACUUUUUUGCACGAUGAACUUUUGCACAAUGCUCUUAUACAACGUAAUAAGGCUAUGGUUCCCUCAGUUAUCUACAAUCGUAGAACACUACAAUAGUGAUGAUAACCAAGAUCUUUGCGUUAUGAUAGAUGCGUAUACUAAUGACUUGAGCGCUAGGAGCUUGAAUGUUACAAUUAACGAAGUUUGUGUACCGACAGUCAGUGGAAAAGAAACAUACAUAAACACCGUCAUAUUGGGCUCCAUAUGUAUAGCACCCUACAUCAUCACCAGUGUGUUGGUAGGCAAGGUCGGGAAGAAGAAUCUAUACAUAGCCUGUUCACUGAUCACUGUGGGUGCGACUCUUGGACUAAGAUGGGCGAGCUCUAGGAUCGGAGUCGUGGCUUUGUUCUCUUUUGACGUGUCUAUCGCUCAAAUGGCGAAGAGUCUUAACCAAGCUCUCGUCGUGGAGCUAUUUCCAACAACUAUGAGAACUCUUUCCGUAGCAAUGGUUAUGACGGUGGGUCGUAUAGGCAGUUUGGUCGGAAACGUCCUUUUUCCGGUACUGCUGAACAUGGGAUGUGUUGUCCCUUUCUACACUUUAACAGGGAUUAUGAUUGGUACCACAUUACUAAGUUUAGUGACACCAGUGAAGAAAACGUGAUUUAUUUUAGAAUAAACAAUUAUUUUU